CCCGCCUCUCCCCGGGCGCUGCGGGCCACUGGCUCGGCCCUGCGCGGCGGGAUCUCGGGGCCGCACGGAGCGGGAGGCCGGGCGCCAUGGCGAGGGCUCCGCAGCCCCGGCGCGGCCCGGCGGCGCCCGGGAACGCCCUGCGCGCCCUGCUGCUCUGCAAUCUGCCCCCCGGCGCCCAGCGCGUGGUGGUCUCCGCCGUGCUGGCGCUCCUGGUUCUCAUCAACGUCGUGCUGAUCUUCCUGCUGGCCUUCCGCUGA